AUGACCAGCAACUUUUGGGAAUCUACUCAUGCAUAUCAAUGGCUGGUGGAUGACGUUGCACUUGUUGCUGCAAGACAACGAGACUUGCAGUUUAUAUCUUCCGAUGAUGUUGUUAAAAUCAUGCUCUACUAUUCUAAUUUUGUACAAAAAGCAUGCAAGCGACUUCAUGUUCGUCAGCCAGUCGUGGGCACAGCAUUAGUAUAUUGGAGACGAUUCUUUACAAAGCAAGUUGAUAGUAUGCAGUCGGGGAAUGCACUCUAUGACAUCGAUCCCAUGUUAGUGGCAGGUACAUGCAUCUAUGUCGCAUGCAAGAUCGAAGAAUGUCCGCACCAUAUUCGCAAUGUAGCGAAUGAGAUGCGAGCACUUGGAGGUGCUUACUAUCUAGGUGAUUUAUUUCCAUAUGACGCAACAGCGAUUGCCGACUUUGAGUUUUAUUUAAUCGAGGAACUGGAGUUUUCAUUAAUCAUGUUUCAUCCAUACAAACCGCUUCAACUAAUAUUGGAGAAACUGAAUCUGACUAAAAAGUGCUUGCAAACUGCAUGGUACGUCGUGAAUGAUACAUUUAAAACGGAUCUACACUUGAUUUAUCCUCCGCACAUGAUUGCUAUUGCAGCAAUUUUUAUUGUUACAUGCAUCCAAGAUACAGAGAGUGCAUCCAAAAGCAGAAUACCUGGAGCUCCAAUUCAGGAUACAUCAUCACGGUCGAUCGUCAUGCCCUUUUUUAUUGAUCUUAAUGUAGACAUGCGGGAUGUACUUGCAAUUACUCAGCGCAUAUUUAAUUUAUAUGAUGUUUGGCAAGAGUACUCUGAAGAAAAGAUUCCAGAGUUGAUUGACAAAUUUCCAAAAGUCCCAACUUUGGAAAUGGAAUCAGGAGUCGCUAAAUCAACACUUCCUACAACACCUGCAAAGCAGCCAAAUAAACACUAA